GAUGAUUCUUAACAUUCCAUACAGCUAAGACCUGUGACACUUAAUGUUCUGCCUUGUACAUGUUUUGAUAUAUACUACUUAGCUUAAAUCAAAUAUGUCAUUAGAAAUUACUGCAAAGAAGAAUACAGCAGAUUGAAAUUCCAUGGGAUUUUUGUACUUGUUAACCACUCGCUGAAAAAUUUAGUUUAAUAGAAGAGAAAGCUGAAAAUAAAUGAGAAAUACUCGGGAUUUCUGGCGUGCCAAACAGGGUCUUAAAUUUCUGGGAGCCUUGGCACGGUCAAGUUACUGGUCUCCUUGCUCCCACGCAACCUUCACUUCACAUUUGACCUUGUCACGUGGGUCCCCUGGGGCACCGAGGUUAUCCCAGCGGACAAACUUUACCUCCUCAACCAAACCCCUCCAGAUCAGCGCAGUCUCAGAGAGCGCAUCUCCAUUAUUCUUCAUCAGACUUUUAGCCAACACUUGCCUCGCUAAACUCAAAUUCUACAUUUUUUUCUGUGAUUCUACUGCAGUCCACCUUGAGCUAAGUAUUACCACGGAGGACUGCUCCACACUUGGAAGAGCCUGGGCUAGGGUAGGGGUAAGCCUGAACGACAUGUCGACGUUAUCCGGGAAGUCAGCACUGCCCUCAAAGGAGGGUACCCAGCAGGAGCUACGGCAGGAUACCCUGGCCGCUCAGUCUCCGUCGUUAUCAGGUCUUCGGUCGCUUGUUGCUGGCGGUGUUGGAGGUGUUUUUGCAGUCAUCAGCGGUUCGCACAUUCAUGCUGAUCUCAUACCGGUAUCUUCCUUGCUGACUCUAGUUCAGGCCACCCGUUUGAUCUAGUCAAGGUUCGUCUUCAAACCGCCGGGAAGGGAGUUUACUCCGGGGCUUUUGAUGUGGUGAGGAAAACUGCUGCCCGUGAGGGCAUGGUGAGGGUAUGUUUUAGGGAAACCUUUUAGUCUCCGCACCUAGCGCCAAUCUUCUAAGGUUGCCAUUGUUGUUGGAAAGGCAGGACUCUGGCUGAGCAGCAUCUGAACAGGGGUUGUAUGCAGGUAUAUCUGCACCAUUGAUCGGUGUUACACCAAUGUGUGAGUUUCCGUCUGCAAUGUAUUAUUUUCGUAGCUCGCAUGCUAACUCUUGUCUAUAGUUGCUGUUUCUUUCUGGGCUCGUCUCAAAUACCUCUCCCACUCUCGGCCCAGGCUAACAGGUGCCAAAGGGCUAUGAUGUCGGUAAAAACAUCGUCCGCUGCUCCACAAGAGUCCAUGACAACCAAAUGUCUAUCGCGCAGAUUUCCUUUGCAGGAUUUUUCUCGGCGAUCCCGAUGACGCUCAUCACUGCGCCCUUCGAGCGAGUCAAGGUUCUACUGCAAGUCCAGGGCCAGACUGGGGAAAAGAGGUAUUCCGGUGGUAUUGAUGUCGUCCGGCAAUUAUACAGGGGAGGCGGUAUUCGCUCCAUAUUUCGUGGGUCAACAGCGACACUGGCCAGAGAUGGGCCUGGAUCGGCAGCCUACUUUGCUACAUACGAGUACAUCAAGCGACGCCUAACACCUGAGGUCGAAGGUAAGUUGAGCAUGGGCGCUGUGAUGGUUGCCGGGGGUGCCGCAGGUAUGGCGAUGUGGCUGUUAGUAUUCCCCGUGGAUACUGUGAAGAGCCGUCUGCAGAGUGCCGAAGGCAAGCCGACUAUUGGAAGUGUUGUUCGGGGGAUUCACGGAAGCGGUGGGCUCAAGGCAUUCUUCCCCGGGUUGGGCCCAGCACUCGCCAGGAGUGUACCGGCGAACAGUAUGUGCUUCUUGGGCGUUGAGUUGGCGCACAAGAUGAUGGAUAAGACGUUUGGUUGAAAUAAUUACCAUUAAUGAUUCCUUACUUUUUUUUUUAUUAACUUUUUCUGGCUCUGUUUUCCUUCCCGGCGGUGUCACAGGUAGAUCGGCGGGUGGUGUAUCACUAGGGAAUGUAGACACAGCGCGAGCACAAUGCAAAUGACACAAUUCCAACUCC